AUGGACGAGAACAAAUCUCAGCCUCUCCAUGUCACAGGAAUACUCGUAUAUCGUAUACAGCGUCAAGUCGAAUUCUUAUUGUUAAACGAUACUUUCGGUCAUAAAAAGUACUGGUCUGCUCCCAAGGGGGAAGUCAUUGGUCAUGAAGACGAGUUAAAAUGCGCACUCCGUAAUACUACAGAACUAACCGGGCUGUCAGUAAGAGAUUUAAACAUAAUAGACAAAGACAACUUUAGAGCGGAAAUUAAGUAUUUAGCUGGAACAAGACCAAAACGUGUUGCAUAUUAUCUUGCCCAAGCCUCAGAUCAUGUUCGCGUAUUUACCGCCAGUGAGGGUCUCAAUUUUGCGUGGUUUCCCCUUAAUGUGGCGGUUGAAAAAGUCAUCUACCGAAGUAUGCAAGAUGUUGUCAAACAAGCAUCAGCCUUUAUCGAGAGCAAUAAACUCACAAAGUCUUCAGAGGCGCCUGCACGACAACGUCCUCCAAAAAGUCAAUUCAUCAGCGAUAGGUUAGAAACUCGAAUGAAAAACCUGAAUUUGGCUCUUCCCUUAGACUCGCAACGUCAGGCCAUGUCCAGACAGAGACUCGAGCUUGCGCGAGAACAGCGUCAACAUCACCGUACAGAAAAACUGGGUAAUGGUUUUGUUUCUCCUCUUCAGUCUCCCGUGAUGACGUACGACAACCCAUUAUACAAAACUCGUCUGUGUGAGAGAUUUGAAACCGAAGGGUUUUGUCCAUACGGACCGAAAUGUACGUUCGCUCACGGUACUAACGAAUUAAGAGAAAGACCAUCGUCAGAAGAAAAAGUUGGCUCUCCCCCAACCGCAAGGGAUGGUCCUGAGAACCCAUUGUACAAGACACGACUCUGCGAACGGUUUAUGAAGGAGAAUUUCUGCCAGUACGGACCAAAAUGCAAUUUUGCUCACGGAGAGCAUGAACUAAGAGAGCGGCCACAAAGUUCCGUUCCCCAUCGCGAUAAUGGCGAGCACCAUCCAGUUAUGAACGAACAGUCUCAGAAGACUGUAGAGCAGUCACAUAAACAACAAUUUGGAUAUCAUAUGGCUUCGCAAAACUUUCAGCACGUGCAAAACAGCACGCAGCAAGGUCAGCAGCACCCGCACCAUCUUCCACCUACACCGACUACACCUCAAUUUCAGCAUGGUUAUCAACCAACUGGUGAACAGCGCCCACAUCAAUUGCGCACAUACCAUUCAAGUGAAUUCGAUAGGAUGACAUCUUCUGCAUCGACAUUUAUUCGCUCUGAAAUGCCAAAUAAUAUUUUUGGUCGUAUCUCUGUACUAUCGCAGUCCGAUUCUAUGCGUGCUAUACCAACGGCUCCUCUCACUCCGCCUGCCAGUUCCAACGAUCCGUCUUCUGAUAACGAUUAUCCUAAAGAUGAUUCGCGUUUAAGGCAUUCUGAUCAUAGCAGUGCAAAUGGAGACACUGAUCCGCGAGUAGAUAGAACUCACAAAAAUACCGUUGAGCAAAAGGAAAAAAAGGAUGAUAAGGAUCAGAAGGAUCAGAAGGAGCAGAAGGAGGUAUUGCCUGUUCAGUCUUCAUCAUCACCAAAGACCAAUAACAACGGUCGACGACGACUACCUGACACUACAGUUACUUUAAAGGAUCUUCUGAAGAAUGAAAAGGCAAGCAGUCAGUCUUGUUGUAUUCAAAUGGAUGAUAAGAAGUGGAUUGUUGAAUACUCCAAUGACAACGACUUUGAUAAGCUCAGGCCAGCCAAAAAAGCCGAGUCAUCGAAAUCUAAUUCGGAUAAACAAUCGCACGAGGACAGUCUGAUAAACGAGAUGAAACGGAUAUUUGCUCAGUCCGAAGAACAGUCUAGGAAAAUUUCGGAUGAUAUCAAAGAUACCACUCGAUUCGAAAUACGACAUGAUUUGAGCAAACAUCAAUUGUUUAUUGUACUAAUUCGGAGCUUGUACGAAGAUGCAACUUGGGAAAAAGUAAACCAGGACCUGGUUAAGAGAGAGAAUCUAUUCAAGAAAUUUGUCGAUUCGACUCAGGAUCAAAUAGCUUUCCUUCGCUCAUGGGAGAAGUUUUUCCUGCAACAUAAUCGACGUCUGAUUAGUAAGGCGCCCAUCUUAUUCAAAAUGUUCUAUGAUCGUGAUUACGUUGAAGAAGAUUCCGUUUUGGAUUGGUAUGGGCAGCAGACUAACGAAUCAAACGAAGUUAAGAAGAAAUGUGAGAUCUUUGUCAAUUGGUUAAAGAAUGCUGAGGAAGAGGAGUCCGACUCGGUCUAA